AUCAGAGUCAAACUGAUUUCUGAGGAAGUGAAACUCUCACAGUCUUUGUGUCUGAGAGGAGAAAUGGCGCAGAAAGGAGUUGAUCUGGAUCAAGAAACCUUCUGCUGUUCCAUCUGUCUGGAUCUGCUGAAGGAUCCGGUGACUAUUCCCUGUGGACACAGCUACUGCAUGAAGUGUAUUCAAGGACUCUGGGAUGCAGAGGAGAAAAUCCCCAGCUGUCCUCAGUGCAGGAAGACCUUCAUACCGAGGCCUGUUCUGGUGAAAAACACCAUGUUAGCAGCUUUAGUGGAUCAGCUGAAGAAGACUGGACUCCAAGCUGAUCCUGCUGAUCUCUGCUAUGCUGGACCUGAAGAUGUGGUCUGUGAUGUCUGCACUGGAAGAAAACUGAAAGCCAUCAAGUCCUGUUUGAUCUGUCUGGCCUCUUACUGUAAGAAACACCUUCAGCCUCAUUUGGAUGCAGCUGCAUUCAAGAAACACAAGCUGGUGGAACCCUCCAAGAACCUGCAGGAGAACAUCUGCUCCCGUCAUGAUGAGGUGAUGAAGAUGUUCUGUCGCACUGAUCAGAAAUGUAUCUGUUAUCUCUGCUCUGUGGAUGAACAUAGAGGCCACGACACAGUCUCAGCUGCAGCAGAAAGGACUGAGAGGCAAAGAGAGCUGGAGGAGAGUCAACAACAAAUCCAGCAGAGAAUCCAGGACAGAGAGAAGGAGGUGAAGCUGCUUCAACAGGAGGUGGAGGCCAUCAAUCACUCUGCUGAUCAAACAGUGAAGGACAGUGAGAAGAUCUUCACUGAGGUGAUCCGUCUCAUCCAGAAAAGAAGCUGUGAUGUGAAGCAGCAGAUCAGAUCCCAGCAGCAAACUGAAGUGAGUCGAGUCAAAGAUCUUCAGGAGGAGCUGGAGCAGAAGAUCACUGAGCUGAAGAGGAGAGACGCUGAGCUGAAGCAGCUCUCACUCACAGAGGAUCACAGCCAGUUUCUGCUAAACUACCCCUCACUGCCACCACUCAGUGAGUCCACACACUCAUCCAGCAUCAAUGUCCGUCCUCUGAGAUACUUUGAGGAUGUGACACCAGCUGUGUCAGAGCUCAGAGACAAACUGCAGGACAUUCUGAGAGAGAAACCCAGAAACAUCUCACUGACAGUCACUCAUGUGGAUGUUUUACUGUCAGAACCAGAACCAAAGAGCAGAGCUGACUUUUUCAAAUAUUCACGUCACAUCACACUGGAUGCAAACACAGCACACAGACAACUGUUACUGUCAGAGGAGAACAGAAAGGUGACAGUGAUGGAAAAACCUCAGUCUGAUUCUGAUCAUCCAGACAGAUUCACUGAGUGGUUUCAGGUUCUGAGUAGAGAGAGUCUGACUGGACGUUGUUACUGGGAGGUGGAGUGGAGAGGGGACUAUGUUGAUGUAGCAGUCACAUACAAGAACAUCAGCAAAUCUGGAGAUGAAAGUUUAUUUGGUUACAACGACAAAUCUUGGUCAUUAGUUUCUUCUCCAAACGUGAUUGUCCACUACAGAAUAAAAACCUCCAUCUCAGCUCCUGUUUCCUCCAGAGUAGGAGUGUACCUGGAUCACAGAGCAGGUGUUCUGUCCUUCUACAGCGUCUCUGAAAGCAUGACUCUCCUCCACAGAGUCCAGACCACAUUCACUCAGCCGCUCCAUGCUGGACUGAGGUUGGGUUAUUUUGGAGCCACAGCAGAGUUCCGUGAACUUAAAUAGUUUUCUGAAAGAAGUUUAAUGUUUGUUUUUAGUGUUUUCUCUGCUUUGGGUCAUUAGAACUAAAUAUUUUAACUGUUAAUAUUCUGUGGAGUAAUGUUUGUAGUCAGAAAUAAAUGUAAUAAAUGAAAAAUCUCAACAAGAGUGGAUUUGAGACAUUUUUGAACAUGAAUCUCAAACUUUUUGGAGUAAAAUCUGUUUUCUUGUUUCUUUGAAAUGGAAAUUUACUGUAUGAAUUCAAAUUUCACGCAAAUGUUUUGUUCAUGUUUUUGUAUUGUUUUCAGUCACGAAGACUUUUGAUUAAAGAUGUGUUUUCAUUCCUUUAUUUUAA